AUGGCUGUUUCAUCAUCUAAUCAGCAUGCUCCCAAUAAAGCUACUCGUUUUGUAGGUGUAUGCAUUCAACGUUUAGGAUGUGGCCUCAGAGCUAAUUUUACCCUUAGAAACGUUAUUAAGCAUAUUGGUACGGAAAUGAAAUAUCAACUUUAUGAUUCGACUAUACAAAAGAUUGAUGUUUUACGCUUAGCGAAACGUCUUGAUGAUGAGUUGUUAUACCUGAGAGAUGCACCUAAUGAAUACAGUACAUUUGAUGAAAAUAUGGAAGUUGAAUAUUUACCCGAAGGAGUACCUGUACCGGUGAACCCUGAAAUGGUAAAAUAA